AUGCCUGGAGAUGGAUAUGAUCGCCAUAUUACUAUCUUUUCACCUGAAGGAAGACUCUAUCAAAUAGAAUACGCUUUUCGUGCUGCAAAGGAAUCAACACUUACAUCUGUAGCUGUUCGUGGAAAAGAGAGUGUUGUGUUUGUUACACAAAAGAAAGUGCAAGAUAAAUUGAUUGAACCUGAUUCAGUUACAAAUGUGUUUCAAAUUACACCUGAAAUUGGGUGUUUAAUGACAGGUUUAUAUGCUGACUCAAAGGCACAAGUUCAACGUCUUCGUUUUGAAGCACAUGAGUUUGAAAAUAAGUUUGGAUACAAGAUUCCAUGUCAUGUAUUGGCCAAACGUAUUGCAGAUGUUGCACAGGUUUAUACACAACAUGCUUCAAUGCGCGCGUUUGGUGUUGUUACAAUGCUCAUUAGUGUGGAUGAAGAAAAAGGACCUCAACUGUUUAAGAUUGACCCAGCUGGCCAUUUUUGGGGCUAUAAGGCCACAUCAGCGGGUGUCAAGGAACAGGAGGCGCAAAACUACCUUGAGAAAAAGAUCAAGGCUAACCCGACCAUGGACCAUGAAUUGACGCUGCACACGGCCAUUACGUGUCUCCAGUCGAUAUUGUCGGCGGAUUUUCGUCCCAACGAAAUUGAAGUGGGUGUCGUUCUGCAAGGCCAACGAUUCCGUAAGCUAACGGAGGACGAGAUUGAGGCCCACUUGACUUCUAUCAGUGAGCGCGACUAA